AUGGAGGAGGAGGAGGCAGUGGCAGCUGCCAAUGCUGCUGGUUCUGCCUCCGGAGGAUGGGGAGUGGGAGGCAAGCCUGGGGGCUGCUGCAGGUGCAAAGGGGUCCACGGCUGCCUGCUCUGCGAGGCCGCCCCACCCCCGCAGGAACUCUGGAGAAUUCAGAGCAUGAAGAGUCCUGUGUCUCUCAAUGUGCUGUUGCAAGGUGUCCAGAUCAAGAUGACAGCUGGGUCCAAAGACAGGCUGCACAAAGAAAAUGGAAGUUUAAGGGAAGCGCUGGAGCAGCAUCCCCUUGGGUUUUGUUUCCACAAUGGAAAGAUUCUGAAGAUCUUCCCCCAAGAGAGUGAGCCAGUCUGGGCACUCAACAUCAAGCGUGGCAUUCUCAGUGCUCUUCAGACAUCCUUGGUAGCAACUACCAAUGGCAGCGUGGAAGAGGUGGAUGUCCUGGGGAAAUGCCCAACCAGAUAUGAGCAGAAAGGGCCUCUCCUUUUGAAGACGAAAGAUUUAAACCUGUGUUCUCACCGGUUUUCUGGAUCUACUUCUCUGAGGUCCGUUGCUUUGCCCAAUCCUGAUCAGCAGCUCAUAUCAUCCAAACUUGAGUGUGUUCAGAAGUUCGAGGAGGGAAUCCUGGCAGAAUCCCAAUGUCUAGAGUCUCAUCUCACUACAUCUCCUGGGAGGAAGGGCAGCGGAGUGAAGACCCAGACUCGGAUGGCAAUGAAACUGUUCCGAACGGAAGCUGAAAUCACAGCACAUGAAAGAGUAGACAUCAAGGAUAUCUACGAGAGCAGCCUGUUAUAUGAAAGGGAGAAAACAGCACGAUGGCUGGGAGAGGAGGAUGAGGUGGUGUUGGUCUCCGAAAUGCUACAGAAGCUCUGUAUGAAUCCUAGAGCGGAUUCCGAGUCUGCCAACCUAUUCAUGGCAUUGGUGUUUAAGCUUCGGCUUCUCUCUGCUGGUGCCUUGCUGAGCCUGUGGCAGGGGUCUUCAUCGAAGUGUCAAGGCAACUGGCAACCUCUAGUGGACGCUCUCCCCUCCUGUGCCACCGAAGCCUGUGUGGUCCUGAUGAAAGAGAUGAUCAUCUCUGAAGAAGUAGAUGAGGACAAGAUGGAAUCGUUCCUUUGGUCCCUCUCCUUCAUCCCUGAGCCUACUGCAGGCAUGAUUGAUGCUCUGGCUCCUGUGCUACAGUUACCACGAAGGAGACAGAGUGCCUUUUUAGGAAUAACUGCCCUGGUAAAUCACUUCUGCUCCAUGAGAAAUGACUGUGACCAUGAGCCUGCCGUUGGGGGCAUUAUGAGGAUUCUGGAGGGACACCUGGGAAGAAAAUGUACCUUGCAUGAGUCAGUAGGUAUCAGCCAGGUGGAACUAAUUUUAAAAGCAAUUGGAAAUGCGGGGCUUGCAGCAGCACGCCUUGUGCCCAUCCUGAGUUCCUGUGCGAUGCUGAAAAGCAACCCGACAGAAAUCCGACUGGCUGCCAUAGAGGCCUUCCGACGUGUUCCUUGUGCAGCCAACCAUGCCGCAUUAGUCCGUCUGUAUCAAGCCUACAAUGAGGAUGUAGAAAUACGAAUAGCUUCUUAUCUCAUGGCCAUGAAAUGUCCAAGUGAAGAAUUAUUUCACCAAGUUAAAUGGACUUUGCAGGAGGAGAAAUCCAGCCAAGUGGGUUCGUUUGUCUGGCGUCACCUCUCUGAACUUCUGGAAACAGAUGACCCACUGAAGCAACAUCUUAAAAAUUCUCUUCCUAAUGACAUCGUUGACAAAGAAUUUGAGGGGGAGACAUGGAAGUUUUCUUCAUAUUCAGAUGUUACCUUCCACUCAGCAGCUGCAACCACAAACAUCGAGGCCCAACUCAUCUUUUCACCAGCGUCUUUCAUCCCACGCUCAAUAGCGAUGAACUUGACCAUCCAUGCACUGGGACGGGCUAUCAAUCUCCUGGAGAUUGGCAUACGGUUAGGGAACAUGGAAGAUAUCGUGCAAAAGUUAUUUGGCCUCCAUCCAGCUGAAGAUGCCAAGGGAAUAUUCCACAAGACAGAACCUCCCAUUGAGACGGGACAUAAGACUUCUCCGAAUAAACCAACAUUUGAGAGAAAUGAUCCAUCGUCUAAAGAAAAAAAGCCCAGCGCAAGGAAGGAAAAACAGAAGUGCCCAAGUGGGCAGUACAAUAAGAUGAGUGAGUUAGCCAAAAAGUUCACCAAAAGGAUAGGAAAGAAGAAGAAACCAAAAUGUAGUCUGAGCAUAAAAAUCUUUGGGAAUGAGCUUGCUGUUUUGGACUGUGGGGAUCUGAGAAGUCAAGCAAAACUCUAUUACCUGAACCUUGCGGAACUAGUGGUAAAACUGCUAAAGGGUCAAGAAGUCCAGUUCAAUAAGAGGUUGAGUUUGGCCACAGAGGAACUGCUGUUCCCAGCAAUCUCGGGUUUGCCCAUCCUCCUGGCUUUAAAUGCCUCAGCAGCAGUCAGUGCAGCAACCCAAGGCAAUAUGGACUUUAGACAACGGAGCAAUUUUUUCGUCAAUGGCUAUAUCAAGCCAAGUGCUGUCUUUCAGAUUUCUGCCCAGAUGGGAACUGUGGGAACUCUGGGGAAAACUGGCUUGAGCUGGUCAAGUGGAUUAAGGUCAUCAGCCAGCCUUGAUGGAGGGAUCCAAGUGAAAAAGGGGAAAGAGGUUAAGGUGUUUCUGAACACUCCCGAAGAAUCUAUGGAGAUGGUUUAUUUCAGCUCUGAACUGUAUGCAAUGACCGUGGAUGAAAUGGAAACUGCUCACGGUUUCCCAAGCCAUAGCGAGACUAGAUCGUGCACAAAUGAGGAAAUGUCGAAGGCAUUGGGCUGGCAAUUGUGCUCUGAGAUCUCUACCCCUGACGAUGAGACCACCGGUUUCGUUCUUCCGUUUCCAGGACCAGCGAAAUUUGCCAUAACGUUAAAGAAGCAAGACCGAAGCCUGUACCAGUACUUAAUGAAAGCUGCAUAUAAUUAUAUUUCUCAGAAAGGUUCCUGGAUCCCAAGUGAAGCUGGCCUGCAUUUCUUUAUAGGGACUCCAAAAUCAGAGCUGAAAAGGGAGAUUGCUAUCAACUUCCAUUUGAAUAUCCCCCAAAAGAAAUUCAGAAUUGAAUUUAUCCACCCCAAGAAAAAAAUGCAAGUGAAUGGAAACAUUGAAUCCUCUAGAAAUUCACGUGUGGGGCAUCUGGAACUGAUAGUUGAUGAUGACAACAUCUACUACAUUAAGGGAAGGGCAGAUCUGCACACGGCAGCUGCAGAGCAGAGGUACACAAGCCACCUGGAAGCAAAGUUGCUGAGAGAUGGGAGCCCCAUAGUUCUUUCAGGAAAUCUCACAAAACAGCCUGGGAAGAAGAUGGCAUUUUCAGUAUCCUUGAUUAAUCUGCUGAAGGAUUCGGCUUUCCUUUCAGUGUGUUUGGAGAAGAAAGCAGAUGAUAAGAUGAAACAGUAUUCACUGGAGGGAGAAACCCACAUUCCAGGGGUUCUUGGAUCUCACAUCGCUGCUCUUCUGCAACAACGAGCGGAAAUCUGGUCCAGCGCCCUGAGAAUUAAAUAUGGAUUGUUUGGAGCUGCAAAAAGCCUUCACCAUGAAUGUACCACGGGCCAGAAGUUGAAAGUGGAGAAUGUCCCAAGGGAUGCCUACAGACUAGAUUUGGAGCAUGAACUGUAUUGCACUCAGAUUCUAGCCUAUAACCACAAGGUCAAUCUACGCCACGAAGAAACUGCCUCUCGCCUGCAUUCCCGACUAGAGCUGAACUAUGGAAAACACUGGGACGAAAUCAACAACAAGCGGAAAGUGAUAGUCAGCCAGACAUUUACCAAUAGUUCUCGUCCAGCUCUGACUAGCUAUUUCAUGGAGUUCACCGUUCAAGUGCCUGAAAAGCAAGUGGAUUACAGAACUCAGCUCCAGCACUCCUGUUCCAGACAGAGUUCCACGGAAAUAAGCACCCACUUCAAAGUGCACUAUAACAACCGCGUCCCUUUUGUGGUGGGGCUGCAGUGGAAAGAGACAUCAAGGCAUUCUCUGAAGAAAUGGGAAGGUACGUUCAACAUGGACACGCCCUGGCUGUACCUGUUUGCCGCUCACAAGCUACACCAGCCCCAGCAUUCGGCUUAUUUAGCAACCAUUGAAUUAACUGCUGGGAAGGCCUUUGUGGUCAAGGGCCUGCUUGUGGAGGUCUUCUGCAAGGACAGAGAUGACAAGAAGGAAGGGAGAAUUCUGAUCCACACGCCAACCGCCACCUACUUGCAGGCAUCUACAGUCAACUACUUCGCAAGCGGUUUUCUGCACAGCCAGAGUGAAGUGGUGUCUCUGUGGAACCAGCUGAUAAAGAAUGAGAUUCGCCUGGAAAAUAACGAAAAGACAAAGUUUCUCCAUUUCUGUAUAAAGUCCGCAAAGCAAGAAUUCAAUAUGACGAUGGGUUACUUUCACCUGGAGGUGCCUAGGAAGGCAAACGUUUCUGUGCAGGUUUUGUGGACGGAUCACAAGACCCCACCACCGCUUGAGCUGCAGUUUGAGGCACAGAUAGAAGAAGUCAAGAAGGAGAAAAUGCUCUACCAAAAACGUGGGACUGUCCUGUUCAGGCACCCGUUUAAACUGCCCGUCCCACAAAGCUUUCUCCUCCAGGAAACCUUCACUCUGAACAAAAAGGAGAAGCAUUAUUUCUUGGAAACUAAAGUUUUGAUCAACGAGCUUGAAGAGUCUGUUCAGACCCUCACACUCAGCUACCAAGCUGAAAAUCCGCAUGUUUGUGCUGGAUUGACGCAUCCAUACAACAGCAAGUUCUUCCCCCAAAAUAUAGAGGUUUGCGCCAUAACACGAAAUCUCAGCUGUGUGGAACAGGAGAUCGAAGUGACCCUAAAGGUCAACAGGAAAGAGGCUCUCAGCUUCCUGGGCAAAUACCAGAACCAAUCUAGCAUGGCUGAUUCCCAACACCUUGUACAAAUGGAUAUGACACAUGCAUUCCAGCUCAAGUUUCCACAGUCGGUUGCUAUGAGGGGGGAGCUCUUUUCAAGAGAAGCCAGGCUGGCUGAUUUUGCAUCCGGUGUGACAAUAACAGCUACUAUCGACCAACAGGAUACUUCGCAGGCCCACGUCACCACAAACCGAUACAGCAGGAAUGGUCUCAAUGGAUCAUUUUGCCUUCACUCCGGCAGAAAGGAUCUUGUGUUGCUGGAGGUGGACUUCAAUGGUGAGAUGAGGAAAGAUGCCAGAAACAUCAGACUGAGCGCUAUCCUAAGACAGGCAGUUCUGACGCAGUUCAGAUAUUUGUGGCUGCAGUUCAAUGGCAAGAUGUUGCCAACCAGAGCUAUGCUGUCUUCUGCAGUGAAGCUGAAUCACAAUGCCUUUCACCUGGACGUUGUGGGAUCCAAGGAGCAGAAAGUGGGCCUGGUGCUGACCCUCCAUGGCAGCCUCCGGCACAAUGUCCUCAGCUUAAAGCACGUCAUACCCCAGGACCUUUCCCUGGAUGGCUCUCUCAAGCACAAAAACAACAUCCGUGAAGGAAUCAUGAACAUCAUGGUUGACCAGUCGGUGUUUGGAGCGCACAUCCGGAACAGAAACGUGUUUGGAAACGAGUGCUUUCAUAACAUCGCAGUGGCUGUGACUCAGAAUGGUAGCCGGGCUUUCCCAAGAGAGGCAAAGCUCCGAGGGCAACUCGAGCUCAGAAGAGGAAUCCAGAGGGGUUUGGCCAGUAUCCAGGUGGACACGAGAUCUCUCCAUCUUAAUAUCUCAAACAUCAUCAUUCUGGAGCAUCUUGGAGCCUCAGGGAUGCCCGCCCACAACACCAGUAAUUUCUAUACCACAGGGCUUCCCACAGAAAGUAGCAUCCUGGCCACAUAUGGCCACAUCAGUACUAACAGCACAUUAACUCUGAAGCUGCAAGGCGGUAGUAGAAAGAUGGCUGUAGCAGUUGGAGCUGAGCAAUGGCCCUCGGAAACCCUUCAAGCCCAGAUCGUUGCAAACUUCAGCCACAACAUUCCAGAGCUGAAGAAUCAUGGGAUCCCUUUCAGCAUAGAGUCUACCUGCCAUUACCAAAAUUUCAGCCAGAAGAUGGCAAUGAGAGUGGCAGCCCAGGCUGGUGAAGAAGAAGUCAAGAUUGAAUUGGAGAAGCAAGGCACCAAUCACACUGCAGGGUUUUCCCUUUUUCUUUACCAUGAUGUGGGACUCGUGAUUCACACCAUUCCACCAUUAGUACGGGCACUGACGAGAGUUUUGCUCAGCGGAUCAGUGGGGACUGCCAACUGCACAGCCGAUGUGAUUGGAGAGGUCAUUUCCAACGCCACCUUUGCUCAGUUCCGUAUCCACGCUGCCUGCAGCCCUGAGCACAGCUUGGAAAUCGGCCUCAGGCACACCUGGCCUUACCUCAGCUCUCUGGGUCUUGCCCCGGAGAACAGGAUAAAAGCAGCUGCUGUGAAAGGGGACGAGUACAAAGGCCUUCUGGAGGCCACUCUUGGCAAAUGCAAGUUAACAGGCAAUGGAGAAGUGAAUAUAGAGGGUGAAGUCACAGCCGCAGAAUGGAAAGUUAUUCUCCUAAAUAAAUGUGACCUUCUGGAGAAAAUGGAGUUACCCCAGAAACUAGUCUCCAGGGGCUCGUUCCUCACGAACAUCUACAAUUUCAGUUUAGCAACACACUUCUGGUGUGAUGGCAAAACAGCCGAUGUGCAGCUGGAGGUGUCUUCUGUAGACAAAUAUACCGUGCAAGGAUCGCUGGAUCACUCUUUCCCCUACCUCUACGAUCUAGGGCUGCCUCCGGACAACUCACUCCACCUCUCCGUGACAAAUGGCUCCAUCCUCAACGGACUUCUGUUCCUGCACAACGGAAACUGCAAGCUUGAAGCGCAAGGAGAAAUCAGACUCCGAAACCAGACUGAAUGGGCCCUGGAGAUGGAAACAGAUUGUACAGUUUUGCAGAUGGGUGCCAGGGAGCGCCCUCACUUUGAAGUGAGGAUCAAGUGCCAGGCAAAGGUCACUUUAGAAACUGAAGUGCCACAUGGUCUGUCCCCAAGAAGGAUCCCAGACGAAAAUGAGCUUGUGGGAAAACAGAUCAGGCAUGACAUUAGCUUAGACCUUGAGUCAAACCCUCGUCAACUCCAAGCCAAUUUGGCCUUUCAUGCAGAAAACCAGUUCCAAUGGCAAGGAUCAGUGGAGAACGACUGCAAAGCAAUACAGGAUCUUGGAGUCCCGAUGAAAAUAGAUGGGUCAGGGCAUAUUUUAAUCAAUAAAACGUACCUGGAUUCUCAAGUAUUGUUUACUGCAGGCGAAAAUAGUUUACAUGGAUCCCUCGUUUUAAAAGCAAUGGCUACCAGACAAGAGCUGCAUGCGUUGCUGACCCAUAAUAUCCAAAGCAGCCUUCGUUUGGGCAUACCUGCCAGGACGGUAGUGGAUUUAAUUUCAGAAAAGAAUGGCACCAUUUGUACGAGGUCACUUCAGUUCAGCGUGGACAACAAGCAGAUCGCAGAGGAACUGAGCUUUACACAGAAGUUGGACCACAUCUCUCUUGACUACAGGCUCACACAUAAUCUAGAAACUUUGCAAGCACUGUGGAUAGAAGACAGGAUAGAGUUGCGGGUAGGGGUUUUGCUGGUGGAUGUUAAGAACUGGAGAGUGAAGAUUCAGUAUGGUUCAUGCUGUAUAAUUGCUAGAGGGCAAAUAGAAGCAGUUGAAAGGAGGAUAAAUUUAACAGGGAACUUCAGUCACAAAUGGCCGUGGUUGCUACGCUCAUAUAUGCCAGAAACCAUCCAGCUGACGCUCCUCAAGAUCCUGUCUGAAAACAAGACAGAAGCAUCCAUGAAGCUGGCUUGUGACCCAAACCUGAAUCUCUUCUUUGUUUUCAGGGCUAGAAAUAAGUUGCAAAGUGAAGAAUUGCAUAUCAGAUGUCUCCAGAACCUGCCAUUUCUCCUUCAGUAUUUCCCCAGCACGGCUGAAGUUUCCUCGAAGUUAGCAAUCGUUCCAAGGCGACUUGUUCUCACAACAGCUUACCAAAAAAGCAAGAGAACCCAAGUUUUGAGGUGUGUUGCAUUAUGGGAUGGCAAAGAAGCAAAACUCGCAGGCAGCUACACUGGAGUCUUCCCAAAGAUAUAUGGAGGUCAUGAAGUGCAGGUGGAGAUCUGCCACCCUCUCUCAAUCCCUUUUCCUCAGCGCUCCACACUCCGCUUGCAUGUGGAGCACUCUGGACGUAGCCACAGAGACAACGUCAUCAUUGGUUGGGACGCAAAGGAACAGGUCUCUGUGUCGUCUUCUCUCAAGUUUGGAAAAGAGCGUGUCUAUUACUACGCUGCUGUGGCUCACCCUUUUAACUUCACCCUGAAUCACAUGGAGGUUAGCUCUCUCACCGAAAGCAGAAGAGGCGCCUACAACCAGCAGGUGUGGCUGGCUUGGGACGAUGGGCAACCCGCCCACUUGAAAUUUACAUUCGGAGACAAGUCCCAGACCAACAUCACACUUUGGGAUGCUUGUAUCACAGCUUCCUCCAGCCAGCUUCAGAAUGUUCUAAGCCUUGCAAGUCUCCAGGCCUGCGGGUCCCUUGAGCAGACGGCAGCCUUGUUGAGUCAGCACUUGGACCUGAAGUGGGAUGGCAAAAAAAUUGUGCAGAAUCUGACAUAUGAGAAAAGUAAGUCAUUGCACCUGGAUAAAAUUCAGGUGGAAGCCAUUUUGGAAAACAUCUUUUCGACUCCAUGUUCCAGUCAGCAUAUCUUGGGGGAAAUUGAAACAGACUAUUCAGCUUGGCUUCGUCAUUUUGCGAGCCUCAGAAUCUGCGAUCUUCCAGAGGCAAUUGCACUCUCUGGGAAACACCAGCUAAACAAGGGAGGUUUUCUCUGGCGAUCAGAAGGCAAACUCAGCCUUGCUGGCGGCGAGGGGUCCAUCACGGCCGCCUUAAGAAAUCGUAGCACAGCCGAAGAGAGGAACUAUUCGACAGAAUUUUCACUCAGAGCAUCUGAUGCCGUUUGGCUGGGUGUGGUGGGAAGUGUGGCUUCCUCAGCUGGUCAAAGUCAAGUCCUGGUGGAGGCAAAGAUUGACCCAAAAGAGGCAGUGAAAUUAGCAGCUUCCAAAGGAAAAGGAUGCCUUCAAUGUUACAUGGGAUACCUGAAAGAGGAUGCCGAGGAUGGUCUGGAGCUCGAGGCUUGCACAGAUGGCCAACAGCAUGCUGCUUUCAAUGCCUACCUUGUCAUUAACGGAGAGAGACGAGAGGAAGUGGGACUCUUGGCCCUUAAAGCCUCCAACAAGAGCUUGAGCUUCAAGGCCCAUGGCUGUGGAGGUCCAGUUGCUAAAACAGAGUCAAAACUGAGUAAGAUCGCAUCCGAUCUUCAGCACAGGCUGGUGGCAAAGAUCAAGAACCUGGAAGGGUGCCUCCAGGAUUUCAGGAAAUCGGUGCAACACGUCGACUUUCUCUACGAUGCUGUUGGGUGGCUUUUAAGAACUUCCCAGGAAGUAGCAGGAAUCCUCCAAAACAAAACGAGAGGAGUCGUCCAGUUGUGGAAACAGAGCGGAGUCAAGCAAGCACUACAGAACAGCCUCCCACUUUACCUGGGCAAACUUCAAGUCAUCAUACAACAAAUGCAGAUGGAGUUGCAAAAGCCAUUGACAACACUGAAGGAUGCCUAUUAUGAUGUGACGUUGAAACCUUUGGACGAGGUGUGGCAACAGAGGACGGAGGAGUACCUGAAGAAACUCCAGGCUUUUGUGCCCACGCUGGUGAAGGAUGUGUGGCUGAUGGAGCCAAUCCUGGUUUCCCUGAGAAUGUUGAAAACCGCCUUUGAUAUGGCAACACAACAGAUGCUAAGCUGGGCAGAAGCCAAAUUUUCCAGAGCAGUGAGCAAGCUUCAGAAACCUUUAUCAAGCCUCUACAGUUUUUCAGCCAGAAACUGCUCUGUGGAAGUGAGAUUGCCAGUGAAGCCUAAAGGAGAACCCACGCUGGACCUGGCAAACAUCACAAACUAUCUCAUCGAAGAGAAACUUAUGAAGCCCUUCCGAAGGCUGUACAGCAUCAACCCAGCUGCGGAAUAUUACCGAUUCAAGCAAAGAAUUAUGGAGAGCCCGUUUGAGCAUCAUGCCUUGUUGAUGGGGAAUAAGCACCUGAGGACAUUCGACGGGAAAAUAUACAGUUUGACCUCCAAAUGCAGUGCCCUCCUGGCCAAGGAUUUUGUUCAUGAUGCAUUUACAGUAAUAUUAAAUCUGACCAGCAGUGGCAGACGGUCACUGCACAUCAGCAUGAAUAGUACCUCUGUUGUUAUCUACCCAGAACAGAAGAUCUACAAGAAGUACAACUAUUCCCUGUCGGAGGAGAACUGCCAGCAUUUUGACAUCCCUCCUGGAGAAAAUGGCCUUGCAAUCCAAAGAUAUUCUGAUCUUGUAGAAGUGUCCAUGACCGACGGGGCUUUGUUUUCAUGUGAUCUUCGCUAUGACAUCUGUACCCUUACUUUGGAUGGAUGGCAUCAUGGAGUGUCUGCUGGCCUUUUAGGUACCAAUGACAACGAAGUGGGCAAUGAGUGGAUGCUUCCAGACCAUUCUUAUGCUGGCAGCGUGCAGGAGCUCGUGCAUGCAUGGCAGGUGAGCGACCACUGCAGCCAGAUGAAGAGGACCCUCAAGCCGUGUCUCGAUUCAUCUAGCCCUGAGAUCUGCAAAGCUUUCUUCCUGGAUGCUAAUUCCCUCUUCAGGAACUGCUUCAGAGUAGUGGACCCAGAGCCAUUCUAUGUCCUGUGCAAAACUGACAUGUGUGAACUGCAGAGUGUAAAAGCGGCUUGCACCUUGGCUGCGGCAUUUGUGAACUUGUGCAGCAGAAAUUUUGUUCCCUUGCAGAUGCCGCUUCAAUGUAGUAAGUAA